ACUCAUCGUCUUUGGGAAGAAUCGCAAGAGAUCAAGCAUUGUUUGUGGUCAAAAGCGUUUCAUUUUGAGAAGCCCAUCAAUCUUCCAUAGGCCUCGUGCAAGCUUAGCCUAUCAAAUCUCUGCAGCGCGGCAGGAGCAUUCAACAGAGCCAAUAGAACCUGAGAUCGAGAGGUGAAACAACGAACUGCAUCAGCAAGCAUGUGUUUCUACAACCAAAAGAAAUUCAUAUGUGACGACUGGUGUUGGACGACUUUUGCUCACCGUUGCAAUUACGAGUACCGCACUGGAGAGACCUGCGGUAUACGGCUCGUCAAUUUGACCGAGUACGAGAAGACGAAAUGCCGCCUCUGCGAAAAGAUCGAAACCAAGUACCGGCGGCGAAGCGCCGAGGUUGAGCGGUUGACCCGGUGGAGGCAGGAGGGAGGCACCCUUGUAGCAUCCAUGGACCGGUCACAGAAACUCAUAAUGGAGCUGGAGAAGGAAAUCCGCCAGCUGCAACGGGAGCGCGACGACAGGAAAAAUACGCUGAACGGUUGAGAAAAGUAUUGACUCGGCCAUGCCUUGGGCCACUUGCUGUUCUGUUCUUCUGGAUUUUGGAUUCCCACCUUGGCUCGUUUUCUUUCGGUUUCAACCUGUGUUCCUGUUCGUUAAUUUUGUGUCUCACAACCAAUGUGUCACUUGGCUCCUUUCUUGUAUGGUCGGUCAUCUUCGACCGGACUUGCUUUCUUCAGGCUAGACCCGUGAAUUGGUUGGAGGAAAAGUCUGGGUCAAUGAGACGCCGCUGGCGAGAAAUUAUGAG